AAAAUGGAUGAAAGGUUGAAAUGGUUAGAAACGAGAAUAACCUCGUCCUUGAAGCCACGAAACGAAGAUUUAAAAAACUUAUUCUUAAAUGAUGAAAACAGACUGGCGUUCUAUGAGUUUAUAAACAAUGAAGACGUAAAGAGGUUAUAUGUUUAUAUACGCCCACCUCGACAGAUCACAGCCUCACAACUCCCACCUUUCGAUUUAAAAUCAAAAUCUAUCUUCUUUUUAAAAUGUAAUCCUGGUACAAAAUUAACCAAAGAUAACAUGGGUAAAGAAGUAUUCCUGCCGUUACUCGGCAUCAAUCAACCUAGCGUCACUGGCGUCGGCAUCAACGGAGAUAAACUGAUGGAUAUAUUACAUAGAUUAAUGGCGGCAGUCGAGGUCACACAAGGUCAUGUUGAAGGUCGUAUCGUAUUAAAUCUACCAUCCAUAGAGGUAUUGGCUGAGGCAGCUUCCUCUGUUAAUCGUAGAGCCUCGGUUUUACACGUUCUAGAAACUACAGUCAUUGGAUGGAUUAAACAAAUCAGGACAGUGCUAAAACAUGAUCCACAAGCAGAUCUGUAUUCUCAGUUUGGUGGAGAACCAGGUCCGUUAGAUGAAAUUAAGAUGUGGGAGAAACAGCUAGAACGUCUUCAUUCUAUCAAUGCACAGUUGGAUUCAGAUAUAGCCGGUGAUAUUCUACAUAAUCUAGAACAAGCCAACAGUCAAUACGCCCAUUCAUUUCGUACAGUUAGAAAGGAUAUAGAUAAGGCUGUACAAGACACAAAUAAAAUAUUAAAUUUUCUGAGUACAAUGAGAGAAUGGUUUGAUAGAUUACACUGGGCUACUGAACCUAAAGAAAUGUUAAUAUUAUUUAAACCUAUGAUGACUGCUUUAUUGUUGGUCUGGACACAUUCUACGUAUUAUCAUCAGAUAGAUAAAUUUCACAAUCUCCUAAGUCUACUAUCUAAUGAAGUGGUACAUAGAGCAAUAGCAAUGGUUGGUCCUGAUAUACUUAGAGAACCAUUAGAGUCAUAUACAAAAUUAAAAGAUGCGUUACGUGUGUGUGCUGCGUUUCGAGGAACUUAUUUAGAUUUUAAAGACAAUGCUGAUGAUCAGAAUGCUUUAAAUAUCACAGAAAAUGCGGAAAGAUUGGCAGCAAGACCUCAGGGUAGUUUAUUUAUGACCAAGAUGUAUGGUCCCCACGCCUACACGCCACGCUACGGUAUUCGUAGAUCAGAUGGCGAUACUAGUCAAUCUUUAGAAGAAGAUGAAUUAUGGACAGACAGUCCGUGGCCGGCUAGAAAUGCUCCUUCUUUUGAUCUUUUAAACAACUUUAUGGAAAGAUGUAAUGAUGUAUUAGAGCUAGUAGAAACAACUCGUCAUUUCCGUCUGCUGGCCGGUGCCGCUGAAGUAGGAGGUGCUGGAAAUAUGAGUCUGGACGCCAUGGUGAAAGAGAUCCACCAGAAAUACACUCUAGCUAUGGAAGAGUUCUUCUCCUUGGUUGAUAAUGUACUCAGUAUAGAUGGCUCGCAAUCAUUUGAAAGAUCUUUCUUUAAAUUUAGAACUGUAGUGAAGGGUCUGGAGAAGAGGUUAGCUGGUAUUUUACGUCAGGCAUUUUGUCAAUGUCCCACUGUCGAAUCUCAGUUAAGAUUAUUAGAAGUUUUUGAAGGAGUUAGCAGUCGGGAGCUGGUUCAGGCUCAUCUGAAAGAUAAAGAUGCACAGUUAGUAGAAGCAUUCACUGCAGAACUUCAACAAGUUAAAGAAAUGUUUACGGAAAAUAGCAUCAGCCCUCCGUCACAUUAUAACAUGCCCCCUAUUGUCAGUCGAUUAAUGUGGGUCAGCGCUUUACAAGAACGCAUUAGGAUCCCCAUGGAGAAGCUACGUCAAGUCAGCCCCCACUCUCUAGAGGGUGACAGUGGUUGGCAGAUGAGAGACACCUAUAAUAGCUGUAUGAAUGAACUAGAGACGUAUGAGAACAAACUAGUAACAGAUUGGAGAAGCAAUAUUACAGCUGAGUUAACUCUACGACUGAAACAACCUUUAUUGGUUGCAGAAGAUUUUGAUGAAGACCUUGACAUUCGACCUCAAAUUGUCCACGUGAACCUUGACCCCCAGUUAUUGUUGUUGCUGCGUGAGAUCCGAUAUCUUGGUCGGACGCCAUUCAACAUCAAACUACCAGAAGGAGCGAAGGAAUUGAUUCGUAACACCAAUUCGUUUGAAUUAUCAGUAACUGCAACAAGAUUAGAAACUAUUGUAUCAAAAUACAACACCAUUAUGAGAACAAUCACAUCAUUUGAACGACCAAUGUUUGAGAGAAAAUUGGCUAAGAUUGAUAUAUUAUUUGAGCAAGGUUUACAAGAGUUUACAUGGAAGAUGAAAGAAUCAGCAGAUUUCAUCGAGACAGCCAUGUCAUUAGUUUGUCUAGACGUACAUCAGAAUCUAGAUAUCGUACAGACUGACUGUCAUGAUAUUGUAGAGAUCACAGUAUCCUGGUGUAAAAAUACUCUAGAUGUUUUUAAAGCUAGGAACCCUCAACUCUCUUAUCCAAUGGAAGAAUUGUUAGAAAUGCAAAAUCAACUAGAAGAUGAGCUAGAGAAUAUUGUGGUACCAUCAGGAAAUAAAAUACAUUCACUUGUUCAUAAAAGUUUCGAGGCAGUACAGAUAUCCCAGGCUUCCCCAGCAUGGCAGGACUAUAUAGAUUAUAUAGACGCUAUAGUACUGGACGGUCUAAAACAAGUCACAUUAUCCAGUCUUACAUCUAUGUUAAAUACACUAGUACAGGCAAAUAUAGCAGAAAUAAAUAUGCCUGAGUCAGUAAUACCAAUAUUAACAAUCCGUCUGGAACUGAUAGACAACGCUGUUUCGUUCUGUCCACCGCUAGACCAAACCACGUCUGUUGUUAGCGUACAGGAGUUGGUUCAGAAAUGGCUAGACAGUUAUCUAGCUAGAGGCCUACUCGUCAAGAUGCUUGGAACAAAGGGAACGUAUAAAGAUUAUAUUGAAGCUGAUGGUGAAAUUAAAGUUCUCCUCUCUAAUAUUCAUAGUGUAGUAGAUGAGAACAGUGAGGAAUGUAAGAAAAUGUUGGAAGUAUUUAAAGAUUAUGCGUUUCUAUGGUUACGAGAUGUGAAUGAAACGUUUGAAGAGUUUCUACAAGGGAUAUUAUCACCCAAUCCGUUACGUUCACCAAAUAGAAGUGUGGCUGCCGAGAUGAGGAAUUUUGCGGCGGAGAAAUCUACAAUGUCAAGGUCAGUCCAAUGUUUGAAAAUGUCCGAACCAUGGUGUUGA